GCGACCCAGCAACGGUCCCACUGGUCAAGAUUCGCAACACGCGACGAAACAAUUUUCUCAAUUUUUUCGUCAUUUGCUGGUUUUUUCUUAAAUAUCGAAAACAAUCAAUCACUGAAAGGUGAGCCCAAGCAAAGCGCGAGAUGAGCGAGACCAUAAACACCGCGGCGCAGUUCCCGACCUUCGAGAAGCCGACCGUGCAGUUCAACGAGAAGGGAUGGGGACCCUGCGAGCUGCCAGACACCUUUAAGGAUGUGCCGUACCAGCCGUUCAGCAAGAACGAUCGCCUGGGCAAGAUCUGCGACUGGACGAACACCUCCAACAACGACAAGAAGUACCAGAACAAGUAUGCCUCCAGCUUCGGAACUGGCAACCAGUACUCGUAUUACCAUGAGGAGGACGAGACAACCUUCCAUUUGGUGGACACGGCCCGCGUCCAGAAGCCGCCGCACCAGCGCGGCCGCUUCCGCAACAUGCGUAACUCGCGUUCUGGACGCGGCAGGAAUGCCCGUGGCGGUAUCAAUACCCACGGCAUGACCACGCUGAGCGGCAAGAACGUGAAGGCCCGUGAUCCACGUCGCGGCAUGGGCAAGAAGUUCGGCAACCGCGGACCGCCGCCCAAGAUGCGUGAGUCUUCGGUGGCUGUGCGCGCCGAUUGGGCCUCCAUCGAAGAGAUGGACUUCCCGCGGCUUAUCAAGCUGUCGCUGCCCAACAUCAAGGAGGGUGUGGAUAUCGCCACCUGCGGAACAUUGGAGUACUACGACAAGACCUACGACCGCAUCAACGUCAAGAACGAGAAGCCGCUGCAGAAGAUCGACCGCAUCGUGCACACGGUGACCACCACUGACGAUCCUGUCAUCCGACGUCUGUCCAAGACCGUCGGCAACGUCUUUGCCACUGACGCCAUCUUGGCCACCAUCAUGUGCUCGACUCGUUCCAACUACUCAUGGGACAUCGUUAUCGAGAAAGUUGGCGACAAGAUCUUCAUGGACAAGCGUGACCAUACUGAGUUCGAUCUUCUGACCGUGAAUGAGACCAGCGUCGAGCCCCCAACCGACGACGAUAGCUCUUGCAAUUCUCCUCGAAACCUGGCCAUCGAGGCCACGUUCAUCAACCACAACUUCAGUCAACAGGUGCUAAAAACCGGCGACCAAGAGGCCAAGUUUAAGUUUGAGGAGAGCAAUCCCUUCAUCAGUGAGGAUGAGGAUAUCCAGGUGGCCAGUGUGGGCUAUCGUUACAAGAAAUGGGAGCUCGGCAGCGAUAUUGUUUUGGUGGCUCGUUGCGAGCAUGAUGGCGUUCUGCAGACGCCCAGUGGUGAGCCGCAGUUCAUGUCCAUCAAGGCCCUCAACGAGUGGGACUCUAAGCUGGCUAACGGCGUCGAGUGGCGUCAGAAGCUGGAUACCCAACGCGGUGCUGUGCUGGCCAACGAGCUGAGGAAUAACGCCUGCAAGCUGGCCAAGUGGACGGUUCAGGCCGUGCUGGCUGGUUCCGAUCAGCUGAAGCUAGGCUAUGUGUCGCGUAUCAAUCCAAGGGAUCAUUCCCGCCACGUUAUUCUGGGCACGCAGCAGUUCAAGCCACACGAGUUCGCCACCCAGAUCAACCUGAGCAUGGACAACGCCUGGGGUGUCCUGCGUUGCAUUAUCGAUCUGGUCAUGAAGCAGAAGGACGGCAAAUAUCUAAUCAUGAAGGAUCCCAACAAGCCGAUCAUUCGCCUUUAUGACAUCCCUGACAACACAUUCGACUCCGAUGACUCGGACGAUGGCGAGGGCGAUGAUGGCGAAGCUUUCCAGCAGGUCUACAACUACGCGAACAACGGAAACAAGAUUUAGAUUACACGCCCCCAAUCAAUUCGUACCCGCUUACCUUAACAACUAUCGAUGCCCUCUGGAGUAAACUGCCCUUUUCUAGGCAUUAGUUUUAAGCAUUUGUAUUUGAGUUGUAGCCAGCUGAUUCCUAGUAAAGAGCAAAGGGCGAAACAA